CAGUAAACAGAAACUCUCUGCAAAUCCCAUCAAAGCAUGGCUUCAUCAACACUCCUUGUCUCUUUGUUCAUUUUUCAAGUCCUCUUCGUCACCCCAGCAUACUCAAAGCUCUUCAGAGAAUACAUAGGAGCUGAUGACAAAAAUGUCAGUUUCUCAGAUGUACCCAUUAAUCCCAACGUUGAUUUCCACUUCAUCCUUUCCUUCGCCAUUGACUACACAAACACGUCCUCUCCUUCUCCCACUAAUGGUGAAUUCAUUGCCUACUGGGACAAACAAAACCUCAACCCAUCUCGGAUUUCUUCCAUCAAGGCCGACCAUCCAAAUGUCAAGGUAGCUAUGAGUCUUGCCGGUGAUUCUGUAAACGAUCACUUUGUCUACUUUAGCCCUGCAUCAAUAAAUUCUUGGGUUAGUAAUGCUAUUAGUUCAAUCACUCAGAUAGUCAGAGAAUACAAUUUGGAUGGAAUUGACAUCGACUAUGAACACUUCAAUGCUGAUCCUGAUACAUUCGCUGAGUGCAUUGGACACCUACUAUUCUACCUCAAAGAAGAAAAGAUUGUGUCGUUCACAUCAAUAGCACCAUUUGAGGAUGAUUCUGUCCAACAACAUUACUUGGCUCUAUGGAGUAAGUAUGGGCAUCUCAUAGACUAUGUGAACUUCCAAUUUUAUGCCUAUGAUAAACGGACGACUGUUGCGCAGUUUUUGCAAUAUUUUGAGACCCAAAGCGCUAACUACAAAGGAGGUAAAAUUUUAGUGAGCUUUAGCACUGAUAAAAGUGGUGGCUUGAAGCCUAAAGAUGGGUUCUUUGACGCCUGCAGUGUGCUUAAAAGUCAGGAUAAACUUCAUGGUAUCUUUAUCUGGUCUGCCGAUGACUCCAAGAAGGCUGGUUUUCUUUAUGAGAAGCAAUCACAAGAUGUUUUGGCCAGCAAAAAAUGAUCUCUUACUCAUAUUGUUUUGUAAUGGUUUUUUAUUUAUUUAUUUAUUUUCAUUGAAAAGAAAAUAUGAGCUUGACUUGUGACAUCUGCAAAUCCUGCAAGGGCUUUUUCAAAAGAAAAUUUAUUGAGAAUCCCUGGGAUCAAUAACAAUAAUAUUGAUUCAAGUUUCUUGACACAAAGGUGGAGCUAGAAUUUUAAUGGCAACUGUUACACCAGGCGACAGAGAGAGAGAGAGAGAGAUUUAUACAUCACUUGAAUUACAUAUUUAAACACAUUCAUAUGUAGUUGCCUUUUCACCCAAAGUAAUCAUUCACUGACAGUGUCUAACAUUUCAACAUAAUUUCCAAAUAUAGAAGCACAACUAGGUGUUCAACAUUAGACGAGCACCCACUCCUUUCUGACAUUUGAGUUAGCUGGGCAGUGUGUGUGUAGAGAUAUAUUCGUAUGUGUGCAUUACACAAACAUGCAUGUGUUGAAGUGGGAUUAGAGAAGUCUUCUUACAGAAAAUUUCAUGAAUUGCCUGACUUCUUUUACAUCAAAAUGCAUAUAUUAACCUUGA